AUGUAUGAUAAAUAUAAAACUGGAAUUGCAGUAUGCGAUAAAUUAAAUUGCGAAAUCAUGCAUAUCGCGAUGAAAGAAAACUGUAUUGGUGAAUUCCGAGGGAGUAUGAACGCACCGAACGCUGGAGAAAAUAUUUUCACACUGAAGAAAGAAAGCAAAGAGAUGUUAUUUGGAAUGUCUCUGUCCUUUAACUUAAUGUUGUUUACAAUAAAUAGGGCAAAUUAUGGAGCAAGAUUACAAUUCCCGAACGCUACCCAAACGCUUACAAGUCUCGGGCAAAUCUACCAGCUAAUGGGGACAAUUACGCCGGAAAUGGAGCCGGAAUGUUUGAUGUAUCACACAGAUGGCAUACGGGCCGGAAUGAACGGGAUCGCUAUGAAAAAGUGUGAUCCAAGAGUGUGA